GAAAAUGGCGAGAUCGUGAGUGCCACUGAUUGGAGUCUGGAAACCCGACCGGGACUGGGUCGUGCAAAAUCCGGAGGGGGGAGCCCUAACAGACCUGGGCUGCCGGGCCAGAGUGGCGACGCCGGGCGCGAGGGCCCCUGGGGGCCGAACAGCCGCCCGCGCGAAGAGCCCGCCUCUUCCCAGAUGCCGCGUCACUGCUCCGCGGCCGGCUGCUGCACACGGGACACGCGCGAGACGCGCAACCUCGGCAUCUCCUUCCACAGGCUUCCCAAGAAAGACAACCCAAGGCGAGGCUUGUGGCUGGCCAACUGCCAGCGGCUGGACCCCAGCGGCCAGGGCCUGUGGGACCCGGCCUCCGAGUACAUCUACUUCUGCUCCAAACACUUCGAGGAGAACUGCUUUGAGCUGGUGGGAAUCAGCGGCUAUCACAGACUGAAGGAAGGGGCAGUGCCCACAAUAUUCGAGUCUUUCUCCAAGUUGUGCCGGACAUCCAAGACCAAGAAGCACAGUUACUCUCCUGACCUCCCUGACGUAUGUCGACUCCGACGGUGCAGGAAGCGCUGCUCUGAGGGCCAAGGGCCCACAACCCCAUUUUCUUCAUCACCGCCCACUAAUGUCACCUGCUUUCCUGUAGAAGAGGCCUCAGCACCUGCUACUUUGCCAGCCUCCCCUGCAGGGAGGCUAGAGCCUGGCCUCAGCAACUCCUUCUCAGACCUCCUGGCACCCCUUGGUGCCCAGGCAGAUGAAGCAGGCUACAGUACCCAGCCUUCGCCAGAACGGGAACCAGAGCGUCAGCCAUCCCCUCUUGAGCCUCGGCCAGUCUCACCCUCAGCCUACAUGCUGCGCCUCCCGCCCCCUGCCGGGGCCUAUAUCCAAAACGAACACAGCUACCAGGUGGGCAGUGCCCUGCUCUGGAAGCGGCGGGCUGAGGCUGCACUUGAUGCCCUGGACAAGGCUCAGCGACAACUGCAGGCCUGUAAGCGGCGAGAGCAGCGGCUAAGGUUACGGCUGACCAAGUUACAGCAGGAGCGGGUCCGGGAGAAGCGGGCACAAGCAGAUGCCCGCCAGACUCUGAAAGAGCAUGUACAGGACUUUGCCAUGCAGCUGAGCAGCAGCAUGGCUUAGUGAGAGGCCAUUCUUCAGCACUCUGCCCGCCAUCUUCCUCAGAAUCGAACUGGAAAAGGACCUGAUCUGAACUUCGUCCACCAGGCCAAGCAUAAUCUGGAGCUUUAUCCACCAGACAAAUAAAGUGAAUUCUAGAAGGUCA